AUGCCUCGUCGACAACGAACUCGCGCUUCAAAGGGCGAGCUCUUAGAAGAUGCUAAGAGGGUCAGUCUUAUCAAAAGCGGCCCUGCGAAAGUUGCUCCUCCAACCCAGAGAGGAUACGAUCUCAUUCUUGAUUCGUGGAACGAUUAUAAAGCGCGUAUUGAAAAACCGGAUCUGGUUCCUGAUGUGACUUGGUUGAAAUCCUUUUUCCGAACAAUGGCAAUCGAGCGGGUCGGCAUGCUACAUGACACACUCUCCCUCCACACGCUCAGGGAGUAUGUGACUCGAUUUGCAACUGCAUAUAAGCGAAUAAAUAAUAUAACAUUCACCCGGAUCCAAAUUAAGCAGGUCAAAGAUUAUAUAGCUGAAGACUUAAAAGCCGAGCUGGGGCUUAGUAGUAAAGUCCGUGAAAAGCUGGUAAUAGAUGAUGAGGAUUUGACGAGUAUAAUUCGCUUCCUAUGGGAAGAGGAUCAGUAUAUAUUCAGACGAGAAUCUGAGCGGGUUAAGCUUACUUUACUUGUUCUGAUUCUUGUAUAUACUGUGGCUCGACCGGGUGCUGUUGUAGAGAGUUCUGCAUAUAGGAAUAGUACAGAAGCUCUACUAUACAAGGAUCUAAAAUUCUGUAUUUCACAGGAUAAAAAUGGUGGACCCCCACUAAGGAGCCUCACAAUAACAUUCAACUUAAUGAAAGGUGACAGAGAGGAGGACAAUAAAUAUAUCUCACUCACUCUCUGGGAAGAUCUCGAGUUUCCUCAUCUCUGCCCAGUUACGUUUUUCCUCGCUGUAGCAUUCGAACAUAAUGCUUUCGAUUGCCGACCAGAAGACCUCUUCCCCUCCUCGAUAGACAGCAAAGUUAUAGAGAUUAACUUUAAAACCACGGUUUUAGACACUCCUCUUUUCCGAGGACCUGAUGGGGUUUCAGUAUGGCAAUAUAAUAAUUGUGCAUCCCAUAUAAGUGAACUUGGAUACCGUGCUGGAUACGACUGCAAAAUUACCGCCUACACCUUUAGACGAGGGGCUGCGAAUAGAUUAGUUGCUUCCGGAGCAACUGUGGCAGAAAUCGGCCUAAUACUAGGCCACAAGAACCCAAAGACGUUUCAACUUAGCUAUAGCCAUACACAUAUAGGUGUCGAAAUGCAGAGCGCAUUCCAUAACCGACUAGUACAAACUAGUCGGGUUGACGCACUACGUGGCCUAGAAGUGCACCGCAUCGCCGGUGCUCCAAGAUCAAUACAGGGCACAGCAGAGUAUAAUAAACUCCUACAACACCCGGAAUACCUCGAAUGCCGCAAACGGUGUGAGGAGCUUAAAAGCAAUGGCUCAAGUAAGUCGGCUAUUAUCGACGCUAAGAGGAGGGCAAACACUGUUAUAGCGCGUCUUAGGAGGACCGCAAGUAGGGCAAACCGGGAGAAAUUUAUUAAAAACAAACGCUCUUCACAGAGCCAACCCGAUAAUACCGAGACCGAGUUGGCUGCAGAUGCGGGCUGGGACCUCCCUCCCUGGCGUGCAGAGGUGUGUCGGUUCAUGUUUACGCCGUUGGAUACGUCAAAUAAGCAGCGACUUGCGUUACUCUACAGUCUUCGUGCGUUAUUUUUAGUUCACAACGGCAAGCCAAUUGCAGCGAACUUUGAACGUUUUUGCCCGGUCUAUAGCUGUGUACGCUCUAAAAAGAGUUUUACAGAAAUUGGAGCUCUGGACGCACACAUGCACCGACAUCAUCUGGGGGUUGUUCUGCCAUGCCCCUACGAAAAGUGCCCACGCCACAAUAGAGGGCUCACAGGUCAUAGAUCUCUUUUCAAGCACCUCCUGACUCAUGCAGUGGAUAAAUCCUCAAGGGAAGACGUCUCGAUAGUGGAUUACUCCUUUAUCGAAUAUUCCCCCUUCACGCAAAACGCCUUGAAAGAAGAUUCCUCUUUUAUGGAGAACGCCUCGAGAGAAGAUGAGUUCUCAAUAGAAUCUGCCUCUACAACGGAUGAUUCUCAUCUGAAGUGCCCGCGUCUGCACUGUCCACGCAAUAAGAAGCCUCUCCGUUCCGAGUCGGCCUUCGCUCGCCAUUUACUGUGCCACCGAAUGCGAGAUGAUUCUGCAGCAGGUACCUAUCGUCUAACAUGCCAUUAUCCUGACUGCCCACGUUUCUCAAUGCCGUUCAAAUGCGUCGCGUAUUACCGUCGCCAUUACAACAGCGUACAUCGUGAAAAGGAGCCAGAACCUUUAUUGCGCCACUCAAAGACUUUUACAAACAUAGAGUCUCUUGAUGGUCACAUGAAGGAAGUGCAUGAUCUCAGCAUUGAUUCUAACAGUUCUAGGCAUAGGAUUGAUAGCUUGGACCCCCCUCUUUGUAUUGAUCCGCGACUGCUAAACCUCGACCAGCAAGGAAUCAUAGGAUGGCAACAAGACGCAUAA